AUGAGUGUCACAGUUUCCCGUUCGACUUCCACCUCUUCGCGCUUAAACCCCUUCACAAGCGCUCGCAAUGAAAUCGUAACCCCUAGUAUACGAGGACAGUCAAGCCAAACAAACCUCGAUAAUGAGAUUGGAUUCGCUCCUCCACGGAGGAAAUUCCGGCCGUCGAGGCUCACAGGUUCGGAUUAUCCUAAACCUUGGCUAGAAGAACGGGACCCUCGUCGACGUUGGGAGCGAGUGAUCUUCUAUGUCUCGCUUUUCAUCGGUGUCAUCAUAGGAUCUUUCCUAUGCUAUUUGAGCUUCAAACAGGUCUCUAAUUUUGAGUAUUGUCUCGUCCUGGAAGACGACUUCAAAACGCUGGACAAGAAUACUUGGAACUUCGAGAUUCAACGAGGAGGCUUCGGCACAGGGUCAUUUGAGUGGACAACUGAAGAUUCCGAUAACGUAUAUGUCGACGCUGAAGGGCUUCAUAUCGUGCCUACAUUAACGACGGAGAGCACCAAUAUCACCCCAGCAGAACUCAACAACAAUUACGUGCUCAACCUGACCACAGAUGGAACUUGCACGGCAGUUUCGGGCAAUCCUAACGACUGCUCGAUCCGCAGCAAUGAAACAUCCGGCGCAAUUAUCAACCCGGUCAGAAGCGCACGCCUGAACACUUCCAAACGGAAGAACAUCACUUAUGGCCGCGUAGAAGUCGUGGCCAAGGCACCCGUCGGAGACUGGCUCUGGCCUGCGAUCUGGAUGAUGCCUGAGCCUCAAGGCCCGCAUGGAGUCGGAGCAUAUGGAGCAUGGCCUGCUAGUGGUGAGAUCGAUAUCGCGGAAUUUAGAGGAAAUCCUGGGUCCCAAUACCCCGAUGGUCGUGACAGCGUCUCCAGCACUAUCCAUUGGGGCCCUGUUCCCGCCGUGGAUGCAUUUUGGAGAGCCUCGGGUAAGUAUAACCUGCGACGUACGGAUUACUCCAAAGCCUUCCAUACAUUUGGUCUUGAAUGGUCGGAGAAGUAUUUGUUUAUGUACAUGGACACACGGCUAGUGCAAGUCAUGUUCACCAAAUUUACAACGCAUCAAAACAUGUGGGACUUUGGAAACUUCGGCUCAUACAUUGUGAAUAACUCCGCGCUGGACAACCCGUGGGCCGGCACAGGUCAUAGAAAUAGUCCCUUCGAUCAGCCGUUCUACCUCAUUCUGAACGUGGCUGUCGGGAGCACCACUGGCUUUUUCAAGGAUGGCAUCGCCAACAAACCCUGGGGCGAUAAAAGUCUCAAGGCUCCACGAGAAUUCUGGGACGGUCGGGAUACCUGGCUACCAACCUGGGGAGAGGGCGCAGCUCGUGGCCUGACAGUGAAGUCUGUUAAGAUGUGGAGCCAGGGUGGCUGUACAGCAUCAAAGUAA